AUGGAGUCCAUUCCAGCCACAGGUUGGGUCAACAAUUCUUGGAGAUGGGAGCCUUCUAGCCUGGACGAAUGUGAAGAUUUGAGACGGAAAGUGAAAGGUGGUCUUGUUAAGAAGCCUACUGUAGUAGAGCUUGAACAGAAGGCCAGAAGUCUGCAUGAGGAUAUAACUAAACAUUGGAUUGCCAGAGAACUGGCUUUAUUGGAAAAGCUCAUUGAUCGGGCGAAUGAGAAAGGAUGGAGGCGUGAGCUCUUUGAAUACAUGGAGAGAAAACAGCUCCUACAGACAUCGUCAGAACAAUCACGACUGCUACAAAGUGUUCCCAUUGUUAUUCCUGAUGUAGCAGAGCUCGAAACUAUUGCUGAGGAUAUUAUAGAAGAUAAAAAUGGAGAUGAAACUUUGCCAAAAUUAUUCCUCACAGGUAGUUCUGAAAUUCCGAGUGCCGAGCUGGAAGGCAAAAGAAUUGCUUCAGGUGGGCACCAAAUUGGCACUGAAGGGAGGCAAAGUAUGGUGCGAGACACGCACUCGAGAUUGUCGGCAAAGAAGACGUUGAAGAACGAGAAUUCUUCUCUUGAUUUUCUUGGCCUAAAAUGCUUUGUGUUCACAUUUUUUGUAAUCAUCUUGGAAUUUACCAAAACAUCAUUAAGCCCAACACCCAUAGAUAAGCCUUUAACAAGUUAG